GGCCGUUGCCUGGGCAUCACAUGAAGGAGCCUGAUAUGGGUCUGCUGUUGUGGAGCUAAGUUUAGAAUCGGGGCUGCAUUUGGAGGGAGCAUCGGAAUGGACACCGGAGAACAUUAAUGGAGGGGAAAACCGCAUAUCGAAAAGGGAUAACCAGUUCGCAUGGUCGCCCCGUCACGAUGUGAACUGUUUUUAUUUUAUGUGGUGACAAGCAUAUUAUUUCUCCUCCACAUUUUCUGUCACCUUUCCGCCCGAAGGCCCCUCCCCCGUUAACUCUUUUUCACGAAGUCUCGCGAGAUUCUGUGAAGGAGUCAGUAAAGUUGAACAUGGCGUCCAAUCUGUUAAAGAAUAAAGGUUCCCUCCAGUUUGAGGACAAAUGGGACCUUAUGCGCCCCAUUGUUCUAAAACUGUUACGACAGGAAUCUGUGACAAAGCAGCAAUGGUUCGACUUAUUUUCAGACGUUCAUGCUGUCUGUCUGUGGGAUGAUAAGGGUCCAGCAAAAAUUCAUCAGGCUCUCAAAGAAGACAUUCUAGAUUUUAUCAAACAAGCUCAAGCUCUUAUGCUUGACACCUGGAAUGAGUCGAUUUUCUCAAAUAUUAAGAAUCGUCUUCAAGAUAGUGCAAUGAAGUUAGUUCAUGCUGAAAGACUAGGAGAAGCUUUUGACUCUCAGCUGGUCAUUGGAGUCAGAGAAUCAUAUGUCAACCUCUGUUCAAAUCCAGAAGACAAGCUUCAAAUUUAUCGUGAUAAUUUUGAAAAGGCUUAUUUAGAUUCAACUGAAAGAUUCUACAGGACACAGGCUCCAUCUUACUUGCAACAAAAUGGUGUACAAAAUUACAUGAAAUAUGCAGAUGCUAAAUUAAAAGAAGAGGAGAAGAGGGCACUUCGAUACUUAGAAACUAGACGAGAGUGCAACUCUGUUCAGGCUCUGAUGGAGUGCUGUGUGAAUGCCCUGGUGACUUCAUUUAAGGAAACAAUUCUAGCUGAAUGCCCAGGCAUGAUCAAACGUAAUGAGACAGAUAAGCUACACUUGAUGUUUACAUUGAUGGAUAAAGUUCCAAAUGGGAUUGAGCCAAUGUUAAAAGAUUUGGAAGAGCACAUUAUUAGUGCUGGAUUGGCAGAUAUGGUAGCAGCUGCAGAGACCAUCACUACUGAUUCUGAAAAAUACGUUGAGCAGUUGCUUACAUUGUUUAAUCGAUUUAGUAAGUUGGUAAAAGAAGCAUUUCAAGAUGACCCUCGUUUUCUUACUGCUAGAGAUAAAGCAUAUAAAGCAGUUGUGAAUGAUGCUACCAUAUUUAAGCUUGAACUGCCUUUGAAGCAGAAAGGAGUUGGGUUGAAAACUCAGCCUGAAUCAAAGUGCCCAGAGCUACUAGCAAAUUACUGUGACAUGUUACUAAGAAAAACGCCACUCAGUAAGAAGCUUACUUCGGAAGAAAUAGAGGCAAAGCUAAAAGAAGUGUUACUUGUACUGAAGUACGUGCAAAACAAAGAUGUCUUUAUGCGGUACCAUAAAGCUCAUCUGACGAGGCGCUUAAUCCUGGACAUAUCGGCUGACAGCGAGAUAGAAGAAAAUAUGGUGGAAUGGCUUAGGGAAGUAGGCAUGCCUGCUGACUAUGUGAACAAGUUGGCCAGAAUGUUCCAGGACAUUAAAGUGUCUGAAGACCUGAACCAAGUCUUCAAAGAAAUGCACAAAAACAAUAAGUUGGCCUUACCAGCGGAUUCUGUGAAUAUCAAGAUUUUAAAUGCUGGUGCUUGGUCACGAAGUUCCGAGAAAGUGUUUGUUUCUCUGCCGACUGAACUAGAAGACCUCAUCCCCGAGGUGGAAGAAUUCUACAAAAAAAACCACAGUGGUCGAAAGCUGCAUUGGCAUCACCUCAUGUCUAAUGGAAUUAUAACUUUCAAAAAUGAAGUUGGCCAGUAUGAUUUGGAGGUUACCACAUUUCAGCUGGCAGUACUGUUUGCCUGGAACCAAAGACCAAGAGAAAAGAUUAGUUUUGAAAAUCUAAAAUUAGCAACUGAACUCCCAGAUGCAGAACUUAGGAGGACAUUAUGGUCACUUGUAGCUUUUCCAAAACUGAAACGUCAGGUUUUACUCCAUGAACCUCAGGUCAGCUCACCCAAAGAUUUUACAGAAGGCACUCUUUUCUCAGUAAACCAGGACUUUUCUUUAAUCAAGAACAGCAAAGUUCAGAAGAGGGGGAAAAUUAAUUUAAUUGGAAGAUUACAGCUAACUACAGAAAGAAUGAGAGAAGAAGAAAAUGAAGGAAUAGUCCAGCUGAGAAUAUUACGCACGCAGGAAGCGAUCAUACAAAUUAUGAAGAUGCGGAAAAAAAUCACAAAUGCUCAACUCCAGACAGAACUUGUAGAAAUACUGAAAAAUAUGUUUUUGCCACAGAAAAAAAUGAUCAAAGAACAAAUUGAAUGGCUGAUAGAGCACAAAUAUAUUAGAAGGGAUGAGUCGGACAUAAACACUUUCAUUUAUAUGGCAUAGUGACUGUGUAAGAGAACAAUGCCAGAGAUUGGAAAGAAUCCUAUUUUGUCUUUGCAGACUUUGAAAGAGGUAGCUGAAGAGUGACUACAAUUCAAAGAUUUAUUCAGUUGCAUUAUUAAGUCCCUGCCUUACUGUACAACAGAUGAAUAAUAUUUACCAAUUUCAUCCACUUAGCAUUUAUCUGCCUUUGUGUAGUUCACUUUCGACAGCAUGCUAUUUUGUGGGAGUACUGAAUUCAUCAGAACCUGCUAUGCUUUCUUUGGCCCUAUUUUCACUUGUUCUGUACCAGAGUUAAAUAUAUUUUUUUUCCAGACACAAUUAUACCAGUGAAUAUAGGACUUUAAAAUUUCAUGCACUGGGGAAAAUACUUGAGUCAUUUUAUAUUACAAAAUAGUGUUAGGAGCAGCAGUUUCACUUUUCUGAAAAUACCAGGUGCUGUCAUUUAGUACAGACUGGUCUACUAUGAUUUUUGUAACCUGUUGCACACGUGAAAGUUUAAUAUUACUCUGGCUUUGUUGGUUCAUUGUUGGGCUUGGCUAACAUCUUACUGUUAGAAGGAGUUGCCCAUAUUGAGUAAUUCUAAUACUAUUUUAAUUAACUGGUUGCAGCCUGUAUUCAGAGAUUGUGUUUGCCAUUCAACCCGGUCACUCAGGCCUGUCAUUAGUUGGAACCUAUUUUUCUCUUUCUGCCAUCCCAAAGGAGCACCUCAAGUUAGAGAAGGUUGCAACAAGCGUGGGGAAGUGUAUGAAGGAUAGAAAAAUUAUUGUUUGCAAGUUCCUUAAAGGCCUACUGAGUGAAAGAAUCAUUCACCGUUGUACCAGGCUUUCCUGACAAUGAAGUACCAGGUUUGUUAUCGUGCUGUGCUACUAGGUUCCUUCCACAAUGGUGUUAAUUGCUAUAAUUGGCCCGCCAUCUUGCAUUUUUCUGAGAGAGCUAAAAAUUUAGUUCCAAAUAACCACUUGUAUGAAAUUAAAUUUCUUUCAGUUUAAGUGAUAAAAUGUAAAAUUACAACACUUUUUUAAAGUUCCUUGAACUAAGGAAAUCAGGCAGGGCUUCUGUUCUUGACUUUACCCGGCAAUUCCAUCUGGAAAAAGUACUGUGGUUGAUAAGUCAAAUUGCCUGAUACAGUUUUGCCACACAUAAAGAUAACUGUUUGGUUGAAGAAGAGUGCUGCUGCCAGCUCUUGUGGAACUGUAUCCUGUUGAGAAUUGAUGCUUUCAGAAGUAGGAGAGGAAAUUUGAUGGAAAACCUAUAAUCCAUUUUACCUGUCAGAUAUAGUCCAAUCAACUGGUGAUUUUAUUGGAGAUAUCUGUAACCUCUCUGUACCCUAUUUUUUUUGCUGCAUUUUAGUUCUAGCUGAAAAGUUGGGCAGAAGAGGAAUAGUAACAGAAUGAAAGUGUAUCUGCUUUUAUGAUGGAAGCUGUUUGCGCAUACACAAACGGGUACGUACAGCUGUCACUGGGACUUAGUGUGCUUCUGAAACAACUGAAAACCUAAGAUUGGUUGACUAGUUUGAGUAAGUGAUCCAGUACUUUCCACUAGCUUCUACAAAAUUGAACUAUCCUUUCACAAAAUGUUGUCUCCUCUAAUUUAAAAUAUUUUGGCAACAACCCUUGCAUGUAUGCAUGCAAUAUUCUAAAACGUUUUCUUUUUAAAUCUUCAGUGCCCCAGUGACAUUUUUCAUUCUUAUUUCACACUGGGGAUUGGUUAGCUUAGUUAGCUGGUUUGCAGUGCAGAAUGAGGACAACAGAACGGGUUCAAUUUCCCAUUCUGGCUGAGGUUACCAUGAAGGUUCUAUCUUCCCAACCUCAACCCUGGCCUGAGAUGUCGUUUCCUUCAGGUGAAACUUGCCACUAGUCGUGUCUCUGUAAUAAGAGAGCAGCCCUUUGGUCCUCUGGGACUAUGUCAGCUUUAUUUACUAUCUGACAUCACUGAAAAUAUCUUGCCCAACAUUUCUAUAUGUGGCUCCAAACAUACUGAUAUAUUGCAAUUUUAUUCAAUUAACUGGCAAUAUUUACUACCAUUCUAGAGAUUUUCGUUGGAAUCCCAUGUGCUGCUUGCACUUCAACUUGCCCUUUCUCUUUAGGGUAUGUUUUGCCACAUUUAAUAUUAUGGGAAAAGGCAAGAUAGACUGUUUUGCAAGGGCCUCUCUGAGGAGCUACAUUAGAUAAAUUUAGUAUGUAAUGCCUAAUGUGCUCCAACUGAGGCUAAUGCUGAUGUCAGAAAUUUGGGUCAGAUGUAAUAGGAAGGGCAGAGACUGCAGUGUUUCAGAGGUUGUCUCUAGUUAAUAUGGCAAUAGGUUGCUUGGAAUUCAUGGUAGUGUAUGUUCUGGGAAUUGGGGAAAAUUGUCAAACUCAUUGAGUGAAACUGAAUAAAUAUUUAUUCAAUGUGAGGCUGUUCAUAUUUAAAUCCUAUGCCUUUCAGUUACUCCCCCCCCCCCCCCCCCCC